GCCUGUGCAGUCAGCAGCCCUCGCCCAGCACCAUGGCGCCGCGGCCGCUGGGUCCCCUGGUGCUGGCGCUGGGCGGCGCAGCAGCUGUGCUCGGCUCGGUGCUCUUCAUCUUCUGGAAGGCCUACUUUGGCCGCGACCGGGAGCAGCGCUGGGACCCGAGCGAGGCCUGGUGGGGCGCGGAACCUGUCCGCCUCCCCGAGUGGGACCCCGAGGACGAGGAGGAGGAGGAGCCGGCACUGGAGGAACUGGAGCAGCGCGAGGUGCUGGUGCUGGGGCUGGACGGCUCUGGGAAGAGCACAUUCCUGCGUGUGCUGUCGGGGAAGCCGCCGCUGGACGGCCACUUCCCCACCUGGGGUUUCAACUCCGUGCGGCUGCCCACCAGGAACUUCCAGGUGGACCUGCUGGAGAUUGGUGGCAGCCAAAACCUGCGCUUCUACUGGAAGGAAUUUGUGAAUGAAGUGGAUGUGCUGGUGUUCGUGGUGGACUCAGCUGACCGGCUGCGUCUGCAGCGGGCCCGGCAGGAGCUGCACAAGCUGUUAGACAAGGACCCUGACCUGCCUGUCGUCGUGGUGGCCAACAAGCAGGACCUGAGUGAGGCCAUGAGCGUGAUGGAGCUGCAGCGGGAGCUGGGGUUGCAGGCCAUCAACAGCCAGCGUGAGGUGUUCCUCUUAGCGGCCAGCAUUGCUCCUGCAGGGCCUGGCUUCAAUGAUCCUGGCACCGUGCACAUCUGGAGGCUGCUCCUACAGCUUCUCUCGUAGGCUGGAUCCCCUGCUGAGUUCCCCACCCUGGGACCCAGUCCUCCCGCUGCUUCUGCUUCUUCAUCGCUGCCUGGGGCCUAAAGUGGAGCCAUGUGGCAGCACUUCCCUUCUCUCCUCCCCUCAGGAGGGGCUUGGUGGAGCCAAGAACCUUACAGAAAGCCUUCCUGGGGCUGUGGUUGUGGGGCUGAAGCAGAGAGGGAGGAAAGAAGGCAGAGGGUAGGAGAGGAUGAUGUCCUGCCCAUCCCAGAACAAAAUGGUGGCCCAGCCUUCCGUAGUGAAGACCCCAUCUCUCUUACCUGGACAGUGAAAUGCUCAAGGCUCUGCCCUCGCCUCCCUGCAGUCCCAGGGAUGGAAGGACCGUGUAGGUGUCGGAAGUACUCCAGGAGUCACGAGGUCUCCCAGUCUCAACUGUUCCUUCCUGGUGACAUGUGGGCAGGUUUUGGGCAGUACCCAUGAGCCUUGCCUCCCAGCCCUGCAGUGUACUCCAGCCCCAGCUCUGCCUGACUCGCUGUGGCCUUGUGUAGUCUCUCUGCCUUCCUGUACCCGAGGCCAUCAUUUUUAAAGGGAUGUGAUUUCAGUGGUCUUUUCUGACUUGGACUGAGCCCUGGUGGUGCAAUGGUUAAGUGUUCCGCUGCUAACCAAAAGGUUGGCAGUUUGAACCCACCGGCUGCUCCAUGGAAUAGAGAUGUGGCAAUCUGCUUCCGUAAAGAUUACAGCCUUCAAAACUCUAUGGAGCAGUUCUGCUCUGUCCUGUAGAGCCACUGAGUUGGAAUUGACUUGAUGGCAGUAGGUUUUUGGGUUCUUUUUCUGACCUGGAGAUGUGUUUCCCAGCCCUGGAGGUAAGAAGUGUUAGAACAGACCUGGAGAUCCUAGCAAAGAACUUUCUGAAGACCUCCCUGUUUCUCCCUUGAGUCAAGGCCUGGCCUGCCAGCCUCUCCUGACUGCAGAGUAAGAGACAUUCACCCGCUGGUCAGAAAAACUGAAGGCUGUUUUGUUUCUUUCCUAACCUGGAGACAGAAGCUGCUGCUGCUCUCGCACUAAGCACUAUCUGUGCCAAUGCCCAUGUUUACCUGAGUCUGGGGAAGGGAGGAGCCCGUGUCCCCGGAAGAAGACUGUCCAUGGGAGCUGGGUGUCAACCUCAGACCUGCAUUUUAUUUAUUUAUUUAUAAACAGAACAGGCCAAAGUUCUAGGCUUUAUUCUUCGGUGCUGUUACCAAAACCCAGGAUGAUUGUCAUGGAAAAUUUGGAAAUAGCUAGAAUCAUGAGAUGGCUGUAGCUCCUCCAUCACCUGGCCUUUGAGCUAUCUGAUAUCAUAAUGCUUCACAUUGAUCCCCAGUGAACUUCCACUCCACCACUUGGCCUGGUACGAAGGAUGCAGACCCCUACUGUGUAGAUAACAGUCGGUUCCGGGAGAGGACAUUUUUAUCCUGUGAAUACAGGUGAAAAGAAACCUUUGGGUGGGGAUGUAGCAGAGCAAGCCACAGGGUGGCCUCAGGUGCAUCGCUCAGCCUUUCUAGACCUGUUUCUUCCCCAGCAGAGCUGGACGGUAGCACACGCCAUGGUGUUCGUGUACCUCCAUGAUCAGCCAGCUUCAGGACUAUCCCUGUUGACACUUGUCUUUAGUGCAGGCGAAAGGAGCCUUCUGUCUGUGAGGGGCCACUGAAUAAUCAAUAGGCACAACUGGAAAUUUUUUUCUUAGAGAAGAUACCCAACUCUGUUUGCUUUUGACUUAGGAAUAGAGAUUGUGUGCGUUUGUUCCAUUUGCUGUUCACCGAUUAUUCCUCAGUUCCUCCCACGGCCAUUGGAGGAGGAGGCACCUGGGACGCAAGAGGGAGCGCCAGAAGCAAGCUGGUCGUUAGAAGAGUGGGUUUUAAAGUGACAUUUGUAAUUCUGCUUUUCAUGACUUUUCAUUUUGUCAUUGGAAAUGUGAGAGACUACUUUGUUCUGUUAACACCACCCUGUUCUCCAGUGCUUGCAGGUUGCCUCUGGGACCAGCAUUAAUUGUUGAGGGGGGCCCUUUUUUCCUAAUUAAGAUCUCUUUUUGGGCUACUUUUAUCAGCGAUGCCUCUGAAUGAUUGGGUUCAGUAACACAUUGGAGGACAAAUACCACUGAGCAGCACCAAAGGUACUCAGUGCCACCCCUCCUUGUGACACAAUAUAGGCAUUCUCCUGCCUGUGGUUUGCCUCACCACGUCUAUGGUUGAUGGCUACUCCCUUGUGGGGCUGCUGGCCCAUCACCCAAAGUGACAAACUUUGCUAUCUGCUGUGGUUUCUACCAGGCUAGGGCAGGAGAGGCUGAGGACGCUGCUGACCAGGACUGGACUGGAGAAAAAUUAGGAACAGGCCUUUCUUAAGAACCUCAGCUCACUGUGUGGCCUGCUGAUACUUACCCAGUAGCUCGUGAAUAUUCCUUUCUGAUUCCAGAACCCAGACCAUCUGCUCUUAGGAACCAGCACAGUUACCCCAAUGAAGAUGGCUGUGAGGCUCUGGAUCUGCCAGUGGGUAGGCUACUGACCUGUUGAACUUGUGCCUGUUAUUCACCCUGGCCCUGGAUGUCUAGGCAAGGGCUUUUGUUGUCAAGUUAUUUAAACGAAGCUAUGGUUUCUGUCUGACCUGUUGCCAUCCCUGAGAAGAGACCAACCUGACCCAGAGUUUGGACAUUUAGAUGGUCUGGGCAAGAGGUCUCCCGAGGCCGCUGGGACUGCCAUGUCAGACUGCCUGCCCAUCCCAAGAAGUCACCUCUGGUUUCUCUUGGUGCCCAGAAUUGCAGGUGUUUAAACUUGCGCAGCAGCAGCAGCAGCGUUCAGCUGUAAGGACUGGAGGAGGGUGAAAACCUCACGGCCUCACAUCCUCUGCAGAGAUGUUGAGGAGACUCUGACAACUCCUGCUGACUGCCUCAGUGAGACACCAGAUCCUCCACAAAGCAUGUCCACCUGUCUUUGGAAAACAUUGUUGUUCUUAUGCUUAUUUGGGUAGGAGUUGCCAGCAUUUCAAACCAGCUGCUGAAACCAGCCUGUGGCAUUUGUUAUGUACCUGCCCCCAACCCCAGAGCUUUCAGUGGCUAAUUAUUUUGAAUACAAAGUCCUUUCUAGUAGUUAUGAAAAAGGGGACCUGUUAAGGGACAGGAUUCCCACCAAAGAUCCAGAAGUUAAGGGAGCCCUGCUGGCUCAGCCUGUCCCCUGAGAACCCAGGCCACAGGACUGCCAAGGACAAACUGCAUAAAGUGGGAGUAGCCCUGGAUGUUUGAGGUCAAAAUAAAUGCCAAAAACCGACGUGGUUUCAUUUGAUUUUAAGAAGUCGGUGCUGGUUGCAGGGAGGAGCAGCUAUAGUGUGGUGCCAGAACACUUCCUUGUGACCCAGUAACCUGUCCUGUCAAACACCAAGUCCCAGCCCCCGGACCUUCAGCCCAUGUCGGGGAAGGCGGCUGCAAGGAACAUCAGCUUUGGCCUAAUCAAUACUUUUUGAGGUGUCAAAACCAUUCCCCAUCCCUUGAGAGUUCUUCCUGAUUCAGGGAUAGGGCAGAGCUGGUUUAGAAAUAGGAGCAAAGAAAUCUGACAGCCUCCAUGCCAAAGGUCAGAAUGGGGGUCACAGAACCACACAACCAUUCAUCCCACAGGCAUCUCUGCACUUGCCUCAAGCCAGGCUCCCUGGAUUCCCAGGUGAGGUCCCUGCCCUCAAGCUCAGUCUGGUGGCGGGUGUCAGGCACAUUAAAGCCUUAAGACAGUGAUAAGUAUUGCUUUACAAGUCCAGGGCGAGGGGAGUACAGGACACUUAACGCGAUCCGGGGCAGGGGAUGGUCAGGAGGUUGCUGAAAGUUGGCACUUGACCUGUGAGAGGAAACAAAGGUAAGGGCCAGCCUAGUAAAAGGCGUGAAGGUGAGGCCACAUACAUGUUUGGAAUCCUGUGGAGGACGUGAGUUACCAGGCUCCUGCAAGCCCUGCUUCAGGCCAGGUCUGAAAGGUUGUGCUCACAGUGGUUACAGGCCUGGAGUCUAACUGUGCGGGCUUCUAAGACUCCCCCAGCUUGCCCAGUUGCCAGCUUGCCUUGUUUGUGUAGGGAUGGCUGGGCUGCCUUCAGGGGCCAGAGGGGAGGACAGCUAACAAAGAGCCUAGGUUUGUUAAACCUGGCUUCACGCCUUAGUUUCCUUACCUGGCAGAUGAGGAUAAAGCCAUGUACUGCACAGUUUUACAUGGAAUGAGUUAUGUAAGAAGACCAAGCCCUGCUCAAGAGCAGCGGGAAGCAGAUUACCGGGGCUUCUAGGAGAAACUUUAGGAAUAGGAGGGUUUCUGUACUAACAGUUGGGGAUAAAGUAUCAACUCAAGAAAAUACCAAGUCCCCAUCCUACAAACUGAUCGUCAUCUCUAUGUAAGUCAUCAUCACCUCACAUGCCACCAAAUCAGGCAGGUCUGGCCACAAAGCAAGCAAUGCAGUGUCCCCUAGUGUUUGGCACACAGUAGCAUGGUAUUCAGUAAUCCCAGACAGCCCCGGAAAGGAGGUUUGGGGACCGUGGGUUCAUUUUGGGCCAAGGCCAAGACAAUGGUCCACAGAAAAGCAGUGAUGGCAGGUAACAUGAGGGCAGACCAGGAGCAGCAGGUAUAGCUCCCCAGGGCCACAGGGAGUCAGCCCACCAGUCCACAGCUGAGGGAUGGGGCUAGCACUGGCAAGGCUUGCCCCUUCCAAGCAGCCCAGCGUUCCUGUAGAAGGCUUAAUGGAACUGCUCUGCAGGAAACCAAGGCAGACAGCAAUGGAACCAAGAAUGGGAGAAGAGGGAGGCUAGAUGUAAGAUGGCACGUGAAUGACGCAGAGCUGAAGGUCGGGAUGGCCUCCUUGCCCUGGGGCAGCCUCAGGACUUGGCUGGGAGGGACAAAUACAAAACAAUCAGAAAAGUAAAAUA